AGGAGAACUAGUGUACACUUGUAAUGGCCCUUACAAUUCAUGCUCUCCUCCUCGGAACAUGCCUUGUUUUCUCAAUCCUUCGUCUCUCGGCGGCGGCAGCGGCGGUGUCUGCGGUCGGUAGAUCCACGUAUAUUGUCCACAUGGAUAAGUCUGCCAUGCCCGCGACAUUCUCCGACCACCGGGAGUGGUAUGCCGCUGCCCUCGCGUCCGUAAAGGCGGCUGCCGACGCUCCUAGUCUCGUUUAUGCGUACGAUGAUGCUUUUCACGGGUUCAGCGCUCUUCUGUCGGAGGAUGAGCUGCGAAGCCUUCGCCGCUCUCCGGGCUUCGUGUCGGCGUACGCUGAUCGCCAGGCGACCCUUGACACGACGUACACGUACCGGUUCCUCUCGCUCGACCCGUCGAGCGGUCUUUGGUCGGCUUCCAAGUUAGGCGAGGAUGUCAUCGUCGGAAUGAUCGAUACCGGGAUCUGGCCCGAGAGCCGGAGCUUCAACGACGCCGGCUAUUCUGAGGUGCCUAAAAGGUGGAAGGGUAAGUGUGAGCCGGGCCAGGCGUUCAACUCCUCGUUGUGCAACCGGAAGCUCAUCGGAGCUCAAUUCUUCAACAAGGGCCUCGUCGCAGCGAACCCGGCCAAAGUCCUCUCCAUGAACUCGACUCGCGACACGGAGGGCCACGGCACCCACACCUCCUCCACCGCCGCUGGAAACUUCGUCCCCGACGCCUCCUUCUAUGGGUAUGCUCCGGGUAUUGCACGAGGGAUCGCGCCGCGGGCGAGGGUGGCCAUGUACAAGACGUUCUGGGACGAGGGGCAGUACGCGUCGGACGUGCUGGCCGGGAUGGACCGGGCGAUCGCAGAUGGCGUCGACGUCAUCUCGAUAUCGAUGGGGUUCGACGGCGUCCCGCUGUACGAGGACCUGGUCGCGAUCGCCUCGUUCGCUGCGAUGGAGCGGGGCGUCUUCGUCUCGUCAUCGGCCGGGAACUACGGCCCGAAGCUCACCUCGCUGCACAACGGCAUCCCCUGGCAGCUGACGGUGGCCGCCGGCACGGUCGACCGCCAGUUCUCCGCGGUGGUGACGCUCGGCAACGGGCGAACCCUAACCGGCCUUUCGCUCUACCCUGAGAACGCGUGGAUCCAAAACAGAUCCUUGGUCUACAACAGGACCAUCUCGGCUUGCAAUUCCGCGGCUGAUUUAUCUGCAUUGGACGGUGCGGUCGUCGUGUGCCACGACACUGGGUCGCUGUUCGACCAGGUGGAGGUGGUGGGCCAAUCCACCGUUGGCGGCGCAAUCUUUCUUUCAAACGAAUCCUACUUCAGAUUCUCGUUUCCGGGGGUGGUCAUCGGCCCGAAGGCCACGGUAAAGCUCCUGAAGUACGUCCGCACAGUUUCGCAUCCCACUGCAAGCGUGCAGUUCAAGCAGACGGUUCUGGGCACGAAGCCGGCCCCGGUCGUGACCGGCUACUCAUCGCGGGGGCCAUCGGCGAGCUACCCCGGUGUGCUGAAGCCCGACAUCCUAGCUCCCGGGGACAGCAUCCUCGCGUCGUGGAUACCGACGCUACCGACGUCGGUGAUCGGCAACACGCUGCUCGCCAGCGAGUUUAUGGUGAUCUCGGGGACGUCGAUGGCGUGCCCACACGCGAGCGGCGUGGCGGUGCUGCUGAAGGCGGCCCACCCGGAGUGGAGCGUAGCGGCGGUCCGGUCGGCGAUGAUGACCACCGCGGCAUUCGUCGACAACAUGGGACAGUCGAUCAGGGAUGCCGGCAACGGCUACGCCUUCGCCAGCCCCCUAGCGGUCGGUGCCGGGCAUGUCAACCCCAACGGGGCGCUCAACCCGGGGCUCGUCUACGAAGCCGUGCCGCAGGACUACGUGAACAUGCUGUGCAGCGCCAACUACACGCGCACGCAGAUUGCCGCGAUCGUGCGGUUGCCGCCGUCGGCCGUUGACUGCUCGAAGCCGUCGGCUGACCUCAACUACCCGUCGUUCAUUGCGAUUUUCGGGCCGAAAGCAACGCGCGGCGCCGCCCAGCAGUUCUCGCGGACCCUGACAAACGUCGGGACCCCUGGGAACUACAGUGUCGCGGUGGCGCCCGCGAAGGGAGUCAACAUCGCGGUGUGGCCGCAGACACUGGAGUUCCGGGAGACUCUUCAGCAGCUGAGCUACAAAGUGACCGUUACGGUUAAGUCGCCAAUUUCCGGUACGGGUGAGAACUACGGUGCCAUAAUUUGGUUUGAUACCAGCGGGAAAUACACGGUGAGGAGCCCUAUAGUGGUGCUUUAAGAUUCGCGCGUGCAUGGAGAGGUAUAAUGAAGAGUGGGAAAUAAAUUAAAGUUGCAAUUGCAGGAAGAUGCAGCAGCAGAUGGAUAGAAAUUUUAUGGGCAUAGUCCCCAAACUAAAUAGUUUGGGGACUAUACGGAUGGGCGCCGUAUGGCCCAUCGGUCACUGAUGGAAAGAAAAAAAAAAUCCUGUAUUUUUAGAGAGAGAGAGAGAAAAAGUAACUAAAAAAAGACAUUCGUGGGACGUGGCGCCGAUCCACAUAGUCCCUAAACUAUACCCAUAAAAUUUGGAGACUAUGUCUAUAAAAUUUUUGUCCUUAGCAGAUACAGUUACAUACCGUAAGGCAUUCUUAUUUAUGAAGUGAUUUUGAAUCUAUAUAUGAUUACGCAUUAUAGAUUGUCCUUUAAUAAAUUAAUGAAGAAAAAUAGAAAAUGCUUUAAUUGUUCUAUCAUUUUGGAGUGAGAUAAAUAUUAGGGUAGCAAAUUAUUUAUAAUCAAUGCUUUGUUU